AUGAAGUUCUCCGUCCUCGCCUCGCUCCUGAUCGCCGGAGUCUUCGCAGAAUGCCCCUACCAGUGCGCCAUUAACAAUGGCCAUAAAGCGGUCUGCGGAAGCAACGGUGUCACCUACGAGAAUCUCUGCUAUUUCAACAAAGCCAACGAUUGCCCCAACAUGGGGUGGGAAGUGCUGCAC